AUGACUUCCCAAGAAACCUCAACAUCUCCCGCGAUCGAGGGCUUCGCUCGUCUCGAGCCCGCCUUGAUAAUCCGAUGUGAGCUGGCUGGUCAAUUCCCUUGUGGCGAUAUCUACACUGGUUCGAACCUUACUUGCGUGCCAUUCUCCGGUGGUUACAUUCGCUCGGUCGAGGGCUUCGAGCCCAAGAUCGACGUCGCUAUCAAAGCCGGACAGGAUUGGUUCCGAAUUGACGCCAAUAAGAAGUACGGGCGUUUCACCAUCUCCGCGGUCGCUGCCGAUGCCGAAGGUCAAUCCGUGCGAGUCAUUGCUGAUGGCUUGACGGACCUCAACGAGCACACUUUGCCGUUGCUUCUGGGAGACCCAAACGGCAAAACAAAUCCUUUUGGCUUUGGACUGAACCACAUGAAAUUUGAGACCGGGCAUGAGGCGUACAAGGCUCUCGAAGGCAUGAUCUUCACUUCGAGUCAGCGCUUCUUCAAGGACGAGAAGACAGGCGCCCUAUUCGCUGAUCUCCGAGUCUCCCGCAUCCUGGGUGGCUCGGGAUAUGAGUGA